GAUUUCCCUCCAGAGUUCUCAGGAUCUGUGAUGUUGACCUUGGAAUUGAAGAUACUUGGAAGAAGAAGGAUACAAAAGGAUCUAUUUUGACCAUGAAACAUUGAUGUUUGGGGCCCAGAUGAUAUGGUUACUCAAUACCCCACCCCUGCAUGAGGGGUAGAAUGGAAAAUACCUUGGAAGAAGAAAGAAAUCAUUGCUUUUGCUGGCUUCCAGUUUAAAGAAGGAAGAUAAGUGGUUUCAGAUUUUUUCCAGAGAGAGAGUGUUAUAAUUUCAAGUAUUUCUUCUGAACUUGGAGAAGAAAUUCACGCUUGAAUGGUGGAUUAACAAGAACAUUGAAAUUCAGGAGAAAAAAAUAAUUACAAAAUAUUGGAUUUUCACCCUAGUCUGGCAGCUUUGCUGCUCACUUAAACACAGAUGAAUGAAGACCCCAUUUGGAAAAACAGCAGGUCAGCGAUCCAGAGCUGAUGCAGGACAUGCAGGUGUGUCUGCCAGCAUGAUGAAGAAAAGGACUUCCCACAAAAAACAUCGAAGCAACGUGGGACCCAGCAAACCUAUUUCUCAGCCCCGGAGAAACAUUGUAGGAUGUAGAAUUCAACAUGGAUGGAAGGAAGGGAGUGGACCUGUAACUCAGUGGAAAGGGACAGUUCUGGAUCAGGUUCCUGUCAAUCCUUCUCUCUAUCUUAUAAAAUAUGAUGGAUUUGACUGUGUUUAUGGACUAGAACUUCACAAAGAUGAACGAGUUUCAGCACUUGAAGUCCUUCCUGACAGAGUUGCAUCUUCUCGAAUCAGUGAUGCCCAUUUGGCAGAUACAAUGAUUGGAAAAGCAGUGGAACAUAUGUUUGAGACAGAGGAUGGCUCAAAGGACGAAUGGAGGGGAAUGGUCUUAGCUAGAGCUCCUAUAAUGAACACGUGGUUUUAUAUUACCUAUGAGAAAGAUCCUGUCUUGUACAUGUACCAGCUUUUAGAUGACUAUAAAGAAGGUGACCUCCGUAUCAUGCCAGAUUCUAAUGAUUCACCUCCAGCUGAACGGGAACCAGGAGAAGUUGUAGACAGCCUGGUAGGCAAACAAGUGGAAUAUGCCAAAGAAGAUGGCUCCAAAAGGACUGGCAUGGUCAUUCAUCAAGUAGAAGCCAAACCCUCCGUCUAUUUCAUCAAGUUUGAUGAUGAUUUCCAUAUUUAUGUCUACGAUUUGGUGAAAACAUCCUAGAUGUCAUCAUGAACUUUGCCAAAUUUGUGGAACUAUUAAAUGUAAAAUUUGUAGACACAAAGACUUGACUGCUUUCCAGUUUAAUGAAAGCUUAAAUGUCCCUGCGAACCCACAAUCUCUGCCAGCAAAACUGUUUUGUUCGGAAUAGUAGAUUUAUGUGAACAUGACACAUUUUGUGUAAGGAAUUCCUCCCCUUGUAAGAAAUCAGUCUUUUUUGUAGAGGGGGAGUUAAAGGAAAGAACAGCUACAAAUUCAGGCUGUGGAAAAAGUUAAUCUAGUAUCAUAAUCAGUAACCUAAAAAUGUAAUAAUAGAUCUUAACCAUUUUCUCCCGUCAAUCUCAUACUCACAUGCAAGUAUAGUUUGAUAUUUUUUAUAUUGCCUUCUGUAAUUUUCAAUAUAAUUUUUUUGGCUGUUGGUGGUCCCUGUUCUGAGGUUUGAGUCAAAGCUUAAAGACUUCAAGAUUCUCCCAGUUUAAUUAGAAUGCCUGACCCAAGCAGCAUCAAACUAUUUACUGUGUUUCUACUUCUUAUUUAAAGUUAACUUUUAUAAAAGAAAUAGCACAUGGAAAUAUUCUGUGUGUGCAUUUUAGAAACCCAGUGGUCAUAUGCAAGUGUUUGUUUAUGCACCUUUUUAUUCUGGAAACUUGAAGCUAUAAAAGAGGAUGCUAAUCACCCAAAUGAACAGUUGGAAAUGAAAUGCACACAUUGCUAAUCCAUGUUCAUAAGUUGUAGCAACCAGUCAAUAUAUGCUUUUUAAAAAAAAAAAAAAAAAAGGCUGCCUUUAAUUCUAAGCAUUAUUUAAGGGUGAAAGUGGCAUUUUUAUUCCCUGAUACUUUUUAGCAAACCUCUGUAAUUGGUGCCACAAAAGCCCAGUGCCACACAAUACUACUUCAUGUUAAUUUUUGAUGACAUAUUUGGCCCAUUAUUUGAUGUUGAAAUUAGCAGCCUGGAUUUGGUAGUGCUAAAAGACUAAGACUAUACCUGCUGUUUCCAAAAGUUCCUGGAACAACACAGUUCUUUUUUUAUUAGACAUUUAGGUUUUAGGGAAAGAGAAGCAUGUUUGGCCUUCUUUAUAGGUUCUCUGGGAUUCCCAUUAUUUUUAUUACUAUUAUUGUUAUUAUUUUUAUUACUGUUAUAAUUAUGGUCCAAGAAGGCAUUUAUUAAUAUUUUUAUUUCUGGCUUUCCCUCCCCACCAGGAAUGUCCUAACAAAUAGCCUACAGCUUAAAUCUGUUGUAGCCUUUUGUGGUGUUGUAUGUACUCGCUUAAGGUAUGCUGUUAAUGUGAAUUCCAUUCAAUGGACACUAGAAUUCUGCAUGCCAGUGGUGUACUACUAUCUAAUGAAAGCUAUAGGCAGUCUUUCAGUGGUUCAAUCAUCUGCAUUAGAUUGUGGAUGUAAAUAAUAGCAGUCCAUAGCAGCAGAAUCCUUUCACAGUUUUAAUCUUGCAAGAUAGUUUAAAACCAAGGUAGUUAAAAUGUGGAGCUUUAAAGAGUAAUCAGAAUUGUAAAAAUGGUCAAUGCAAUAGCAAAAUUGUCAUUUCACAUUAUAAUGGCAGAGCUUUGCAAAUUUAAAAGCACUGCUUCAUAGAAAUAUGGUAUAUGAAGCCAAUCAUCAGUUUGGGGGAAGGAAUACCCAGAAAUUCAAUCUUACAAUUUGUGAAAGGCCAGAGGUGAUGUUCACCUACCGAAAAUUUCAGAGGUCCAUAUAGCCUUUGUUGUGGGUAUUCUUGAUAUUAAAGACUCAGUGGUUUAAGCCCCUUUCUAUCCAUUUUUUGCCUGAUUCAUAUUUUAGCCUUAAGGCUUGUGCCUCAUUAUGCUGUUGAAUGGUAACAAGUACUCAUCAUAUAAAUACAGUACCUUAAUUUUUUGCCCAUUGCUACAAUUGCAUUUUGUCCAGUAUUUCAUUUUGGGCAACCAAAGGCAGGCUAUUUUGUCUUUUCAGUAAAUGGCUUCUCAAUGCAGUCCUUAAGCACUAAGUACCUAAGUCGUAAAUGUUUUUUUUUGUGUUUUUGAAAAAAGUGAGCAGAUUUGCAACACAGUGUUUCAUCCUGCAGAUCUGUUAAGUGUUUUUCUAUUGACUCUUAAGAGUCCUGCAUGUAAAUCUCAAAGCUGAGCCUGGCUCCAUGAGCCCAAGUUGAUAUUUGUGGCACAAGAAUGAAUGAGUGUAUUAAAUAUACACAGAAUAUGUGCAUACAUAUGUAAUACAGUGAAUUUGGGGCUAUAGAUCUGAAGAAUAAAGUGUUCAUUUUGAAAUAUUUGUUGACGUUUGGGUCUACUGAAACAUUUUUAGCAUUACUUAUGGCUUGUAUUUGUGGUUUUUCUGCAAGCCACUUUAAUAUACCAUAUAAUCUGCCGAUCUAAGGAUGACUAGUUAUACUAUGUAAAUUAUAGUUCUGUUUUUAAAUAAUUGUCCCACUUGUUGCUUUUAGGGUUAGGGGGGAGGGUUCCCCCCCACCUCUGGUAGCUUAAACCACCUUUAUUGAGGCUGAAACUAAUCCCACUCCCUGCCCAUCUACUUUGGGCUUCGUUUUAGGCUCAUGUUUCAGAUCUGCAUGCAGUGCUUGCGUUACCCUGGUAACCAAAAUGUUGGUUCCUUGUUCUAGGAGUUCAACAUUACUUCUCCAAAAUUAUCAUGGGGCUUGUGACAACACAAGCCAUGGAUCUGUGUAUAAAAUUUAUUGGCCUUUCUCAUUUACCUGCUGUAGUAUUGUUGUAUUGUGUGUGUGAUAUCAGGCUGCCAUGUAAAACUUUAAAAAAAAAUUUAAAUGCAGACCAUCCUUUUUGCAUGCUUAGAAGUAGAAUGUUCAGCGUAACAAACAAAAGUUGCAUGUUAAAAUGUUUAGGUUUUUUGUUUUCUUUUUUUAAUUUUGUUUUUAGUUCUGUGUGAAUUUGCUUACUGUGCUGUUUUAAUGGUUGUUGGUAGAAUUAAAAAAGCACUGGUGAGGCGAGCAUAGUGCCAACGGAAGGUAAUUUCCAGUUAUAUGUGUCAUGCAGCAUUUGAAGGGACCAUGCAUUGUUAAAGUGUGUAUACAUAUAUAAAAUCACAGUUACAUCUAAAAAAAAAAAACUUCAAUUUUUUUUUUCUUUUGUGUGCCAAAUCCUAAAGUGCACUGGAGAGUAGUAGUUGUUGUUGUUCUUUUUUUACUAUGGACAUAUUUGAAAACUCUUUUUCAUUGUCAUAAAUGGCAGUGCCCCAAAGCCUUCUUGAGCUAAUUAUCCUUAGAAAUGAAGGUUCUCCUAAGACAAAAUAAUUUAAAUCACUUCAGGGAAAACAAUUAUGAUUAAAGCAGUUUGUGGUUCCUUGGAAAUGCUGUGCUUUUUGUACUUUACAUCAGUAGUGCAAUUUGGAUCGUUCUUGGUAUGUGUAUAGUUCAGAGGUCUUCGUGUUCACAUUUAAAAUUAGGUAAAUGACUUCAUCUUUAGAGCUUGGUUUCAUUCUUAAUUUCAUUUUAUUUUAAACAAUGUAGACAGUUCCCUGUUCUCUGCAUUUAGAAGUAUAAACACUUUAAAUCUGUUACUUAAUUCUGUAAGUAAUUUUUAUAAUUAUGAUGUAACUCUAUCCUUAAAACAUUUAAAAUAAACCCUUUAUGUGCAACUUAUGACUGUAAAUUUUGUUCUCAUGAGCAAAAUGUGACAUUAAAACUGUGAAGAUAGUUUCUUCAAUUAUUGUAAUUAAAGUACAACUUGGUUUUAAUAUUGAAUAAUUUAUAAUCUUAACAUACUUGAGAAAUAAUGGCUUAUUUGAUCAAGUAGUCAAUUUUUCUUUUAUUUUUAAACAAGUGUGAAUGUCAAUUUUUAAAAAUACAAACAUGGGAAGUAAUUGGCUUUUGAUUUAGAGGCAUGGUAUUUACAAUGUACUUUGGGGAAAAAAUAUUUUCCAUUUUAUCCCUCCUUCAUUCAAAAAAAAAAAAGUCAGAAUAGUGAAAUUUCUGAGCGAACCUAUAAACUAAAUCUAAAAAUUAACAUUCACUUUUUAAAAACAAAUAAGAUUUUAAGCUCCACAGUACUUUAGUGAUAUGUUAAAUAUUGACAUCUAUACCUGCUUUACUUCACUAUAAUAUUAUAAAUCUUGAAUAUUUUUAUUCACUUAAAUUCUGACCAAUGACAUUAAAAGGGAAAAUCGUUCAGUGCUUCUCAAACAUUGAAUAAGAGUAAAGACAAAAAGCAUCAGUGAAACUAAUUGUAACACUUUCCAUGUAAGUGUAUUUUUAAGUUUUGCAUUUCAGUUAUUUGUUUAAAUUUAACAUAUUUUACCAUGAUGCAGUCAACAGCAUUGAGAGUUGGCUUUACGUGCCUUCAGUAGUUAAAUCCUUUUUGUCCACACAUCAUCUUUACUGCCCAGCAUUGUCAUGGGACUCAUGGGUGUUUUUGUUUUUGUUUUUGUUUUUUGCAUGGAGUAUUAUGUCAUGGGAAUUUUUAAUGUGGUGAUCUCAUUUGUGGAAAGAGCAGAGAGUUUAUGAUAGCUGGGUUCCCAGCCGUACUGCUGCUAGUUUUGGGCCUUUAUAAUAACUUAGUUUCUCUAGGUCCCAGUUUUCUUAGCUAUAAAGUGAGACUUGAUCUCUAGGCUUUUAUCAAUUCUAAAAUUCAGUGAAAUACUUGGAAAAAGUCUUUUAUAAAAAAGCACAGAUUUUUGGGUUUGUUUGUUUCUUACAUGAAAAAGGCUAUUUAUUAUCCUAAUUUACAAAUAACUUGCAUUAAAAAAUUAUAAACAGGAAUUUCAGAGAUUGAUGGCUGAUACAGAUCAAGAACAGGAUUUCUUAAUCUGGAAUUUUAAUUAAAAAAAAGUUUUGAUAAUUAUUUCAGGAGAAUUGGUUUCCUUUGGAAGCCUAUGCAUUUAUUCAUUUUUAAAAAAUUUAUUCAUUUAUUCCAAGAAAGGAAAUAUAAGCUUUUUUCUAGGCUUCCAGAGGAAUCCAUGAAACAAAAAAGUCAAGAUCCUUAAGUUAAGGGAUCAUAAAGUUGAAAGGCUUGAAUCUAAUCAGAUGAAAUUGAACAUAAAUAAAGGUAGUCUUAUACUAGACAUUUUAAAAACCAACUUCACAAACACAUGACUAAGUUUUUUUAGAUAACAAUUUGCCUGAACAUUUUUUUUUUUUUUUUUUAAGAAUUUUAGUGGAUUAGAUACAGGAACCAAAAACAUCUAAU